AUGAAGCGCCACCUCCUACGCCGCCUCUCAUCCUGGAGCGGCGGCGACACACACACGCGCCACGGCUCUGGCUCGCUCACACGCCAGCCGCCCCCGUCGCCGCUGUCCGCGGCCUCCGCCUCGACACUCCGCUUCGCACUCCUCUGCGCGCUCUGGUACACGACGUCCGCGCUCUCGUCGAACACGGGCAAGGCGAUCCUGACGCAGUUCCGCUUCCCGAUCACGCUCACGUUCGUGCAGUUCGGCUUCGUCGCGGGGUACUGCCUGCUGUUCAUGAGCCCCGCGGUGCGCUUCGCGCGCUUCAAGACGCCGACGCGCGCGGUGUUCAGCAGCACGCUGCCGAUGGGCUGCUUCCAGGUCGGCGGGCACAUCUUCUCGAGCAUGGCCAUCUCGUGCAUCCCCGUGAGCACGGUGCACACCAUCAAGGCGCUGUCUCCGCUGUUUACCGUCGCGGCAUAUGCACUCCUGUUCCGCGUGCGCUACUCGGCCAAGACAUACGUCUCAUUGCUGCCGCUGACGAUCGGCGUUAUGCUCGCAUGUAGCUUCGACAUGUCCGCAUCGAACGCGAUUGGCCUGCUGUGUGCAUUCGGGUCUGCGCUGGUCUUUGUGAGCUCGAACAUUUUCUUCAAAAAGAUCAUGCCGUCGGGUCCAAAUGCAGCUGCGGCCUCGUCACACAAGCUGGACAAGCUGAAUCUGCUGUUCUACUCCUCAAGCAUGGCCUUCGUCCUCAUGAUACCCAUCUGGCUGUACUAUGACCUCCCUGCGCUGCUGGUGAUGCUCCACGACCCGGCACACAUCGGGCACCCCGCGCAGGGGCACGCGCACUCGCACCACUCGGUCGCCUGGGACUUCCUCGCGAACGGCACGGUGCACUUCGCGCAGAACAUCAUCGCGUUCAUCCUCCUCGCGCAGACAUCGCCCGUCACGUACAGCAUCGCGUCGCUCAUCAAGCGCGUCGCCGUCAUCUGCAUCGCGAUCGUGUGGUUCGCGCAGCCCGUGCACCCCGUGCAGGCGUGCGGCAUCACGCUCACGUUCGCGGGCCUGUACAUGUACAACCAGGCCAAGAGCGACGUCGAGCUGGGCGAGCGCAGCAUGCGCCGCGUCGCCGCUGCCCGCGCGAUGGAACUCCCCAGCACCCGUGCCGAGCUCUCCCCAGCAUCGACUCGGGCUCCCCCGCCCGACGUGCUCCCGGCCGUCGGCGUGGCCUCUGGAUACGGCCGCCCCCGCGGCCAGCCCGCCGCAGCGGCGCACGUCACUUCAUCCAACCCCCCACUGCGCACCCUGCCGCACCACCCCUCCACGGACCCCCGCCCCACACAGCCUCUGUCGUACUCGCACACGCAUCAUACCCCCAACCUGCGCAUCCAGAUCACCCCGCCCGCGCCCGCGAACGCGAAGCCGGGCACCGUGCCAACGCCCGUCGACCUGUACCCGUCGCCGCCGCCGUCGCUCGACUCGCCGCCCGCGGAGGAGCCCGCGCAGGCAUGGGUGCCGGCGUCAACACCGCGUCGCCGUGGGUCGAUGGCGACCGGACACGCGCCACCGCGACACCGCGAGCAGCCCGCCCCGCGCGCGGCAGCCGCCGCGUGAAAAGGCGAUACGCGCACCGCUGUGCUUGGUUUGACUCCCCCGGACACGGACAGAAUGCUUGCUAGACAGUAGUAGACUACGCUCCACGAAUGCACGAAGACGACGAGUUUGACACGCCCCAGGACACGCCUUGCCCGGCGCCGCCGCCAUUGACAUCCUCACCCCCGUUUCCGCUUCGUUCUUUCAGUGCUUCGCAGCCGAGCGGACUGUAUUUAUUACACUCCUGGAUAUUCUCCACUUAGCGUACCUGUCCACCUUCUUAGUUGUGCGUGUGCACACAUCUUGCUUUGCGCUUUAAUGCACAUUUCC